AUGACCUUGCCUUAAUCAGCUUUAGGUUAUUCAUCCCUUAAUAAUAAUAGUAACGAUUCAAUAGGUUACGACUAAAGCUACAAGUCACCAUCUGAAUUAGCAAAAAGUAACAUGCAUUCUUCAUUCGCUUAGCAAAAAAAUGCUUCUGAAGUCUUAGUCAAUUAAGAAUUACCAAAUUUAAUUGAGGUCCAAAAAAAAAAUAAUAUCAAUCAAAACGGCUCUGGGAGCCAUCACUCUGCAGCAACUAAAAUGGAAAUAAUAUUUGGUUCAGGGAGUAACAAACCUAAAGAGCAACUAAAGAAAACUAACUCAGUUAGAACUACAAAGUAUACUGCCCUUACAUGGGCUCCAUUAUCACUGCUAUUUCAGUUCACCAGAGCUGCCAACAUCUACUUCUUGAUCAUUUCGAUUUUGACAUGCUUUUCAUUUUCACCUAAAACACCCGCUUCUAUGAUAGGGACAUUUGCAGGAGUGUUGAUUUUUACAAUGCUGAAAGAAGGUUAUGAACGUUACAAAUCUGACAAGGAAUUGAACACUAGAAAAGCUCAUGUUCUCAAGCCAGGAACUUAAAAUUUUAGUGACUGCUAGUGGAGAGAGGUUUAAAUGGGUGAUAUAGUUAUGAUCUAGAAGGAUACAGAAUUCCCAGCUGAUAUUUUACUGCUCCAUGCAUGUCAAAAUAAAGAGAUAGUAUAUGUUGACACAAUGAAUUUAGAUGGUGAAACUAACUUAAAAGAAAAAUACGUAUUUGCUAAAGAUUAUAAUAUUCAAAGGAUUGAUAAGGAAUUAGGAGGACACGUUGUAUGUGAUCUCCCUAAUGCUAGUCUUGAUGAGUGGGAUGGCAAUAUUCAUAUUAAUGGAACAGUUUUAAAUUGCAACAUCAAGAAUCUGCUGUUAAGAGGUUGUUAUUUAAGAAAUAUUGAUUAUUGUGUCGGAUUAGUAAUCUAUAUUGGCAAAGAAUCUAAAAUUAUGAAAAAUGCAAAAAAACCUCCAAAGAAAGUGUCGAAUAUCAUGACCACAAUGAACUAUAUGCUAUACACAGUCUUCGCAUUUCAACUGAUAAUUAUCAUAAUAUAUGCUUCAUUAAGUGUCUAUUGGCAGAGCACAAUUGAACAUAAAUUAAACCAAAAUAUAAAGAGUGCCUUUUCAACUAAAUAAUAUCUAAAUAUCUCAAACACUGAAACUGAAAUGCUAAAAUUGAGUUAAGCUAAAAUUAUUGGAAAAGAUGUCAAUAUGUAUGACAUUGAAACAACAAACUUUGCAUUAUGCAGAAAUUCUGAUUUAAUCGAAGAGUUAGGACAAGUUGACUUUGUUUUUAGCGAUAAAACAGGAACUUUAACUCAGAACAAAAUGCUUUUUAAGAAAUGUAGCGUCAUGAAUUAAACUUUUGGUAAUCCGGAAAUAGAAGACGAUGUGAGCUCUGAAGAUAUGGCGGAAUCUGCAAAGUAAAGAUUGAUAUUUCAUAUGAAAAAAUAAGAUCAAAUAGGAGUUGUAAUGUAAGAAUUCUUCACUAUGCUAGCAGUUUGUCAUACAUGCAUGGUUGAAAUAGAUCCCCUUAAUCCUUAAAAACUAAAAUAUUCAGCAUCAUCUCCUGAUGAAUUAGCUUUAGUCUAAGGAGCUAAGUAAGUAGGUAUUAACUUCAUAGCAAGAUCUACUACUCAAAUCACUAUUUAAUUAUUCGGAGGUCCAAUUUAAAACUAUGAAUCUUUAGUAGAAUUUCCAUUUGACUCUACCCGCAAAAGAAUGAGUCUUAUAGUUAGAAACCAUGAAUCCAAUAAAUAUUAUCUAAUGACAAAGGGAGCAGACUCAAUCAUGCUUCCCAGGAUGAAUGUUGAUCACCCAAUUUAAAAGGGUAUUGAAAGUGAUCUACAUAAAUUUGCUAUUGAAGGUUUGAGGACCUUAGUAUUUUCUUCAAAAGAACUUCAAUUAAAAGAUUACGAAGAUUUUAUGAGAAAAUAUACAGCUCUGAAGACUUCAAUAGAUCCAUAAAAAGAGUAAAAACUGUUAGAACUCUAUGAUUCAAUGGAGUAUGGUCUAAAAUAUUUAGGUAGUAGCGCUAUAGAGGACAAACUUCAAGAAGGAGUAGCUGAGACAAUUGAAAAUAUCAUGAAUGCAAACAUAAGAGUUUGGGUGCUAACAGGCGAUAAAUAAGAAACUGCAAUAGAAAUUGGAAAGAGUUAUUCAUUUUCUAAAGAUGAAUAUGAAGAAAGGCUUGCGAUCAUCAUAGACGGUUAGACGUUGAUAUAUGCUCUAGAAAAUGAGUAAGUCUCUCUCAAAUUUUUCUAGUUUGGUAUGAGAGCUUCAUCAGUUAUAUGUUGCAGAGUAUCUCCAAAACAGAAAGCAGAUGUUGUAGGCUUGGCAAAAAAUUAGAAAAAAUUCAUAUGCCUUUCAAUAGGAGAUGGAGCAAAUGAUGUUCCUAUGAUUAUGGAAGCUCAUAUUGGGGUAGGUAUUAGAGGUAAAGAGGGGACAUAAGCUGUCAGAUCUGCUGAUUAUGCUAUUUCGCAAUUUAGAUAUCUUGAAAGGUUACUCAUGGUUCAUGGGAGGAAUGGAUAUAUAAGAGUAGCAAAGAUGAUUUGCUAUUACUUCUAUAAAAAUGUUCUACUAGUUGCUACAGAACUUCAUUUCGCUUACUGGAAUGGAUUUUCAGGUUAGAUUUUCUUCGCUGACUGGCUUUCAACACUAUAUAACGCAUUUUUUACUUCUUGGUUCUGCCUGUUUGCACUUAUGUUUGAGAGAGACGUGGAUGAUAGAAUAUCGAUGAAGGAGCCUAUUCUUUACAAAGCAGGGCAAAGAAAAGUUUACUUUAAUUUCAAGAUAUUCUGGAAAUGGAUCAUAAUGAGUUUUGUUCAUGGUGGUGCUUGCUAUUAUGUCACUGUUUUUGUAUUGAUAUCUGCGAUUUAUGAUUUUUAGUUAUUGGAAGGACCAUAAACUGGAUCAGCUAGAGUUCAAGAUCAUUGGAUGCAUUCUACUUUAUGCUUUACAAUCAUUAUACAUUUAUAUAUCUACAUUUGGCUUGUUCUUCCUUUCGGUCUAUUGAUUCCAGAUUUGGCAAUUACUUAUACUAAGAGAAUCUUCUGGCCAUCUCCCACGGAUAAGAUUUUGAAGAGAAUAAAAAGCAAUGAAAUUCAUGCAAUAAGUAUUUAAUCAUAAAAAAUUCUGUUGGAUCCUAAUGGUGGAGUGAAAUACACGAAUGACCCAUUGGGUCCAAAUAACCAGAGUGUAGGCAGUCCAAAUUAGAAUUUUAUCUCAAGCACUCCAAAUAAUAAGCAGAAUACGCUGGGAGUCCCUUAAUUGAUAGCUUAGAGCUCUCAUCAAACAACUUAAGCACUCAAUUCAUAAAUCAAUCCAUUUUCGGAAAGAAGAUAAAGCAGCAGUACAAACGUUCCCAUGAAGGAUCAAAACGAUGGUGGGUUUUAGGAUAAAAAUGAAUGGGACUAUUGA